AUGACGGCUUCUGCUCGGAUAACCGAGCAACGGAACAGCGGGUGAGACAUGAAAUGCGCGUGAAGUUUUUAUUCGAAUGGUUCAGACGGCGUCACCGUGCUUGUGAGCGAUGUAGCGACGAAUUCGAGAUGGAUGAGCCCUACUUUCUUCUCGGCAGCUCAUCGUGGCACAUGAGAUGUUUUCUGUAAGCUGUUCCUAAUUUCUCUCUUCCAAACUGCUAUUCAGAUGCUCGCAAUGCAUGGAUCCACUCGUCGGAUCCACAUACUUCCAAUUCGAAGGAAGAAUGUACUGCGAGCACGACUUUAAGACACUCUACGCGCCUGUUUGCGUGAAAUGCAGUAUGUUUUCUUUCUGUCCCGCUCUUUCGAGGGGACUCCAAAAAUUGGUUGUAAUACUCAAUGUAUGCUCCUUUGCACGGAAAUCUUUAGUAAAAGGCGAAAGAUUUUCACGGUCAAAUGCAGAGGAACCAGAGUUAGGAAGAGAACAAACGGCCGGCAUGUCAUCCGUCGGUUGUACCGACAUCUCACGGGUUCCGCCCGCCGCUAUCCUAAUACGUUGCGGGGCGGGGCUACGGACGGAUUGUCACCUAAUAAUAGGAAUACUGUUUUUUUGCUUUAGAAGAGUUCGUGAUGGGACAAGUGGUCCGUUCUGCCGCCAACUCGUAUCAUUUGGACUGUUUCACUUGUGAUCGUUGCGAUUCCCAACUAAAUUCGUCAGGUGCCUACCGGUUCCAAGGAGAUCUUUUAUGCCAGUCCUGCAAUCAGAACACUCCGAAAUUGAAAAUUUACAACUGCACAAAAUGUAAGUCUCUUUCAAAGACUUUUUCAAACAAAAAAGAGCAUAUUCAGGCAGACAGCCAGUGGGUGAAAGCGACCUUCUGAUGCACGAAAACGAGCCCUUCCACGCGUACCAUUUCAAUUGUUUCUCGUGCAAAAAAGAGCUGCAAUCGGAUGCGAGAUCUUCCAAAUCCGAGCUCUUUUGUCCGAGGUGCUUCGAUUUCGAAUGCGAAGUGUGCGCGGAUUGCAAGAAAGCGAUCGACCCGCAGCUGGAGAGAAGCAUUUUCAGUAUGGACAAACACUGGCAUCUAGAAGUACGUCCCUCCCGUUUGCCUUUUUUCUUUAUAGUUUCGAAUUCAGCAUUUCCGAUGCGCCACGUGUUUCCGUCCGUUUAACGGGCACGAGCACUACGAGAAGAACGGUCGUGCCUACUGCAAAAAGGAUUUCCUCGAACUGAUCGGCCAUCACUGCUUCUUCUGCGACAAAACCUUCUCCGGACCGAUGGUCCGCGUCUUCGGCAAAGCAUUCUGCCCCGAAUGUUACAGAUGCAGAGGGUGCGAUCGUAUUCUCCAUCACAAGUUAGUCCGUUUCCCGCAUUUGUACUCAAAUAGUGAUUGCAGGGACAAAGUGAUGGAACUGGAUUUGAUGCCAUUGUGCAAGAAGUGUAUCGGUCACAAGAACUUUCAGAAGGCCUUGAAGCAUAGAAAUUCUUGA